CCCUGAUUGGCUGCCGCCGCCUGAGUGAGCGGUCACUGGGGCUUGUGGGACUAGCCGAGGCAGCCAUUUUCCAAUUGUAUUUGCAGCUAGCAGCCUGCGCGCUCUGCAGCCAGCGGGGAAGAUUUAGGAUCGUGAAUCCUGCAGGAAGAUGGCUCGUACAAAGCAAACAGCCCGUAAAUCCACUGGUGGGAAAGCCCCCAGGAAGCAGCUGGCCACCAAGGCAGCCAGGAAGAGUGCGCCCUCCACUGGUGGGGUGAAGAAACCUCAUCGCUACAGGCCAGGUACUGUAGCCCUUCGUGAGAUCAGGCGUUAUCAGAAGUCUACUGAGCUGCUGAUCCGCAAGCUUCCUUUCCAGCGUCUGGUCCGUGAAAUUGCCCAGGACUUCAAAACAGAUUUGCGCUUUCAAAGCGCUGCUAUCGGUGCUUUGCAGGAGGCUAGUGAGGCCUACCUUGUCGGUCUGUUUGAAGACACCAACUUGUGUGCUAUCCAUGCCAAGCGUGUCACAAUUAUGCCAAAAGACAUCCAGCUAGCACGCCGCAUACGUGGAGAACGCGCCUAAUCUCUGACCACAAGGAAACCCUUUCAUCUUCAAACCCGAAAAAAAAGAUAAUUUUAAAGAAAUCUCUUCUUCCUGUUUAUUGGUAGUUCUGAACGUUAGAUAUUUUUUUUCCUCCAUGGGGUUAAAAAAGGUACCUAAAGUAUAUGGUUGUGAAUGGAAAUUUUAGGGACAGAAUCCAAUUUGGGCAAUUUUCUUCCAUUUUCAUUUGUGUGUGACUUAAAAUAAAUGGAGCACAUCAUACGUUUAACAUUAAAAAAAUAAAUGAAAAUCACACAAGUUCAUUUUCCAAUUCAGCUUUAUAACAAAAUACGAAUAGAUCUCUUCAAAUUUUUUUCAGGACAAUGCCAGCAUUUGGAUUUUUUUAAGCUAAAUUUCUUAUCCGUGGCAAUUAAAAGGGUGUUUGUAGCAUUUUUACCAUGUAGUAAAUUCCAUUCACUAUAUAUUUUUUUUUCUAACGGAAUUAUCCUACAUUCAAUGUUUUUAAUGUUGUCUGUUUUCUGUGCUGUUCCUGUAAGUUUACUAUUAAAAUACAUUAAACGACCAA